GCCAUCCGCCUCCUCGACAACCAGCUCCGCUCCGAGGUUCUCUCCCGCCACUCCGAUCUCCUCGGUCAGCUCUCCUCCCUCCACCACGCCACCUCCGCACUCUCCACCAUCCGAUCCUCUCUCUCCUCCCUCAAUUCCUCCGUUCGCCGCCUCCGAUCCGAGCUCUCCGACCCUCACCGAUCCAUCGCCUCUGCAACUGUGCAGCUCAACAAUCUCCACCGCACCUCCGAGCUUCUCCAGCACUCCGUCCGCGCCCUCCGGCUCUCCCGCAAGCUCCGCGAUCUCGUUGCAGCUGCGCCAGAUCCGGAGAAGCUCGAUCUUGCCAAGGCCGCGCAGCUCCAUGCGGAAAUAUUGUCGCUCUGUGAGGAAUAUGAUCUGGCUGGCAUUGAUGCCGUGGAUGAAGAGCUCCGCUGGGUGAAGGAAACCGGCGAUCGGCUCCGGAGCGAGGCUAUGAAAGUUCUGGAGAGAGGAAUGGAAGGUCUGAAUCAAGCUGAGGUUGGAACUGGAUUGCAGGUUUUCUACAACCUUGGUGAAUUGAAGGUUACAGUGGAGCAGGUGAUCAACAAAUACAAGGGUUUAAGUGCCAAGAGUGUGAGUACGGCCUUGGAUAUGAAGGCCAUUUCGGGAUCUGGUGGAGGCCGCGGCGGAGGGUUCGGUCCUGGCGGAAUUAGGGGAAGUGGGACACCGCAAAUUGGAGGAGGGGCAAAGGCAAGGGAGGCACUGUGGCAGAGGCUUGGUAAUUGCAUGGAUCAGCUGCAUUCUAUUGCCGUGGCAGUGUGGCAUUUGCAGAGGGUGCUCUCGAAAAAGCGCGAUCCUUUCACCCAUGUUUUGCUGCUUGACGAGGUCAUUCAGGAAGGUGAUCCCAUGCUAACAGACCGAGUUUGGGAGGCCAUUGCAAAGGCUUUUGCAAGCCAAAUGAAGUCUGCUUUCACUGCAUCAAGUUUUGUUAAGGAGAUCUUUACAAUGGGAUAUCCAAAGUUAUACUCCAUGAUAGAGAACCUCCUUGAAAGAAUUUCACGUGACACGGAUGUCAAAGGAGUGUUACCAGCUAUCAAUUCAAGUGGAAAGGAGCAGUUAGUUUCAUCAGUCGAAAUAUUCCAGACUGCAUUCUUGGCUCACUGCUUGAGUCGCCUUUCAGAUCUAGUGAAUUCUGUAUUUCCAAUGUCAAGUCGUGGAAGCGUUCCAUCAAAGGAACAAAUAUCAAGAAUUAUAUCACGUAUUCAGGAAGAGAUAGAAGCUGUUCAGAUGGAUGCACGCUUAACUCUUCUUGUUUUGCGUGAAAUUGGCAAGGUUUUAAUUCUUCUUGCAGAACGUGCUGAAUACCAGAUAUCCACUGGACCUGAAUCACGUCAAGUAAGUGGUCCUGCAACACCGGCACAGCUCAAGAAUUUCACGUUGUGUCAACAUCUCCAAGAAGUUCAUUCACGAAUAUCUUCUAUGCUUAAAGGAAUGCCCAGUAUAGCUGCAGAAGUGUUGUCUGCUUCACUAGGUGCAAUAUAUGGUGUUGCAUGUGACUCAGUGACAUCUUUAUUCCAGGCAAUGCUUGAUCGUCUUGAGUCUUGCAUAUUGCAAAUACAUGAUCAGAACUUCGGAGUGCUUGGGAUGGAUGCUGCCAUGGACAAUAAUGCAUCACCUUACAUGGAGGAGCUCCAGAAGUGCAUUCUGCACUUCCGCAGUGAGUUUUUAUCUCGCUUGUUGCCUUCCAGAGCUACUACAACAUCAGGAACAGAGAACAUAUGUACCAGGCUUGUCCAAAGUAUGGCUUCCCGUGUUCUAGUAUUCUUUAUCCGGCAUGCUUCUCUUGUCAGACCUCUUUCAGAAUCAGGCAAGUUGAGGAUGGCUAGGGAUAUGGCCGAGUUGGAGCUAGCCGUGGGCCAAAAUUUGUUCCCUGUUGAACAACUCGGUGCUCCAUAUCGAGCUCUUAGAGCAUUCCGUCCUCUUAUUUUCUUGGAAACAUCCCAGUUCGCAUCAUCUCCUCUUCUUCAGGAUCUGCCACCCAGUGUCAUAUUUCAUCAUCUGUAUACCCGAGGUCCUGACGAAUUGCAGUCGCCACUGCAAAGAAACAAACUAACACCGUUACAGUAUUCAUUGUGGCUAGAUUCUCAAGGGGAGGAUCAAAUCUGGAAGGGUAUCAAAGCAACACUUGAUGAUUACGCAUUAAAUGUGAGAAGCAGAAGAGAUAAGGAGUUCAACCCUGUUUAUCCUCUUAUGCUUCAAAUGGGUUCAUCCUUGAUUGAAAAGGUUCAGGCUAACCCAAAUUCUUGAUCCCGUAAAUAAUCUGUAGUCUUGUGAAAUUGAUUAAACCACACCAGUGACUUUGUGAUUGCUGCUUGCAAGUUGUUGAGAAGGGUUUAGUUGCGGAAACAUGAGGAAGAGGCAUGCUAGUUUGGAUAGAAAACAUGAAGUACAAAAAAUUUUAGACGAUUUAAUAGCUUUUUUUUCCAAUAUAUUUUUUGUUGAAUUAAUUUUUGUUGGCCAAUCUUGACUUUACUGAUUAUUUGUGA